GUAUUUAAUUUAAAUGUUGUGUCUGUGUCUGUUAUUUUUAAAUUGUUUUUAUUUGAUUUAUGAUCUUUUUUAAUAUAAUAUACAAAUUUAAUACAAUAUAAAUACUAUAGACAUUGAAGAAUAAUAUGAAUUUUACAUGUGUUAUUUGCAGUGAACUAUUUAUUACGGGGGCUGACGUUUAUUUUACACAAUGUGGACAUGUAUUCCAUUUUCCCUGUUUGAUGAACUGGCUAGAAAGAUCCAAAAGUUGUCCCCAAUGCAGAGGUAGAGUAACUGAAAAAACAAUUCACAAAGUAUUCUUUAACGUAGGAAAUGUAGAUAUUACUGAGGAUUCUGCUACACUGUUAUUUAAAUUAGAAAAUGCCAAUUUUGCUAUGACCUUAAAAGAAAAGGAAAUAAAAAACUUGCAGGAAUCCAAACAGAAACUUAAAGGACAGAACCAAAAAUUAAGGGAGGAAGUGAUUAAGUUAGAAAACAAUGAAAGAAAUUUUCAGUCAACCAUGCUUGCUUUUAAAUCACAAAUAAGUUUCUUUAAGAAAAAAUCAAAAGAAACGGACAACCUAGCUGAAGAAAUUGAGAAAUUAAAAUCGAAAUUAAAAACUAUGGAACAUUUGGAAACUGCCAUAGAGGGAACCAGAGAACAAGUGUAUGGUAUCUUGAAGGAUGAACGAGACGCUGAAGCUUUAGCAAUACUGGCAGCAUCGCUUAAAAAAGCACUUCUUAUUUCGGAGAAAAAAGCAAGAGAUUUUGAGUUUAAUCUAAAGAGAGCCAAAAACGAAAUAAACAAGCAGAAAAAAGAAAAAGCAAUUCAAGAUGGAGAAAUGGCAACAUUAAGACGAGAAAUCCAACAAUUAAAAAUGAAAUAUGACAGAGAAAAAGACAUUUUGCGACGGAGAUUGAACACUCUAGGUAACGCCAAUCAAAAUAACAUUGUUGUUGCUAAUCCUGAUGCAGAUUCAGAAUCCUUAUUAUCACACGACAACAAUUCAUCACAUCAUGAAAAUGAAAAAUCUUGCAAUCAAGAAGAUACAUCACUUGCAAACACAACAAUGUCUGUCGCUGAGCGAGUACAAGAAAUUGUCAACACAUCUUCACCCUACUUGCCUAUAAAAUCAAACUAUGGAAAUCUCUUAGGGACGGCAUUCCAAGGUCCUAAUAGUGUUUUAUCAAGUACAUCUUCAGCCUCAAAUGUAGAUAAAUUAGCAGAACGGGGAGAGACUGCGAAAUCAAACUACGGGCAUCUCUUAGAAACAGUAUAUGAUGGUCAGUAUGCUUCAAAUAAACCCUCAAGUACCUGUACAAAUAAAGGAUAUUCAAUAUUUAAGACGAGCCAAAAGUCAUUGGUGGAUGGAACUAAAAAGUCUAAACAUGAUGACAACGUCGACUAUGACGGUUUGGGCGGAACUAACAAGACAGAGAUUUUUCCUUCUUCAAAAAGGCAACAAACUGGUAUGAAGAGGACGAAGUCAGCAUCUUCACUUUCAUCUAGUAAAUUUAAAAAGCUAGCUCCGCUCGGUAGUGCAGCUAAACUUACCCAGUUUUUCCCGAAUAAUCAGUGAUAUUUAUUGUUUUGUUAUAUCUAGUUGUUUAAUGACUUUUUCAACAUAUUUAUUUUUGUAAGAAUGUUACCAUUAUUUUAAUAAAAUUUUACGUAAU